CGCUUGCGUUUUCAAAUUAAGGAAACCAAAAAAACUGACAGGUAACCCUAAUUCCCUCUUUUAUAAAGAACCCAAUACGCCAUCUGAGCUCUCUCAAUUUCGGCCGGUGGGGAAGAAGGCACACGAGCGAGCUAUCCGAAACGCAGAUAGACAGCUGAACAGCUCUGCAAGUCAGGUUAACGAGGGGACGGGGAGUGGUGCGCUUCGUCGUCUUCGGGGUUUCUGGGGUUUGAGCUAGAGGAUGGUCGGGGGAGGUGCCGGCGGGAGGACGAAUGAGCAGGUGGUUCUGAACAGUACAAAUGUCUUUGCUGCGCUCGACACCUUGAGGAAGAAGAAGAAGAGCUCGAGCUCGUCCGCUGCUGCUGCUGCGAAUUCCGGGAAGGACCGCCACGGUUCGUCUAAAUCGAAAUCGACCAAGGACGGGGAUAAGGAGUCCGAGAAGGUGUUCUGGUCGCCGGCGCCGCUGAACUCGAAAUCUUGGGCCGACGUCGAUGACGAAGAUGAUGACGAUUACUUCGCGACUACUGCUCCUCCAGCUGUCGUCUGGGGUGAAGAUGAUGUUGGUGCCCAGAAGGAAAAGGAGGCUGUGGAGGAAAGUGAAAGUGAUGAAGAAGGUCUUGAUGAAAUUGAUGAUGAUGUGGAGGAGGAACAUGAACCCGAACCUGAAACAGCCACCGAGGUGGAGCCAGUUCAGAAGCAACCUGAGAAUUCCUUAGCUCCAAAAGAAUCAGAAAGACAACUUUCGAAGAAGGAAUUGAAGAAAAAAGAGCUUGAAGAACUUGAUGCCGUUCUUGCCGAGCUCGGAAUGGCCAAACCGGAGUCCAGUAGCCAUGAAGUCGCUGAUGAUGUUUCACAAGAGAAGAAAGCAGACAACAACGGACAAGUGAAGAAUGAAAAUGCUCCAGGCGAGAGCAAGAGUGCCAAAAAGAAGAAGAAGAAGGAAAAGACCUCAAAAGAAGCCCCCAAGGAUCCCGAGGGAGAUGGCGCUGGAAGUAGCAACGCUGAAGCUGAAAAGUCUGAUGAUGCAUCAAGCGGUGUUGAUGUGAAAGAGCGGCUGAAGAAAGUGGCGGCUAAAAAGAAGAAAUCAAGUAAAGAAGUAGAUGCCGCUGCCAAGGCUGCUGCUAGUGAGGCUGCUGCCAGGCGAGCAAAGGUUACUGCCGCAGCAAAGAAGAAGGAGAAGUCUCACUACAAUCAGCAGCCUGUGCGGUAAGGCAAGCAAGAGAAAAUUUUGUCCUCGGUUCUCGUCUUUGAUUUUGAUGAUGCAAGUAGUACCUCAGGCUAAGGAUUUAUGGCGCGAUAUCGAUUGCAGCUUUAUUUUGAGAAGGGAUAGAAAGAUACUUCUUCGUUUUAGUUCUUCACUUGUCCUGGUUUUGUUAGCAAUGCUGAACCUAGUGCUUCCUUAAAUAGCCUAAAUAUGAAAUGAUAGGUUUCAUGGUUCAUUUCUUUGUAAUUUUUGCGGGUAAAUUGCAAGGUUAGUCAUGGAAAGUGUUAAAAUAUUCAUGUUUGGUGACUAAAAGA